CUUUUUUUUUACAACUUAGUGUCCUAUCGUAACAUUUACUAUGUGAAAAAAUAUUCUUUAUUUUCCCGAUGACUUGAUUCUUGUCAUUUGUUUCUUUUCAGUUCAUUUGUAUGUAUCCAACAUGAACAUUCGUGUUUACCGUAAUGCAUUGUUGACACACAAAUGUCACACAUGUAAAUCUAAAUGGAGGUCCAAGAGAUGGAAAUUGCAGGCUUGGAAAUAACAAGCUGCCUUACUUGCGUUUACGACAUAAACACACACAUAGUUGGCUCAUAUGCACAAGAAGUCAAGCAAAGCAGACCUUAAAUGUACUAAAAAGCUUACAAACACCAUUCCACACUAGCAAAACUUGAAAUAUGUCCAUAGCCAGAAAAGGAAAUAUGUUCUUCCACAGAAUGCCCCCGCCCUCUUGAAAAAAGGCAACCAGAUAGGAUGAGAACACAGAAUAAUUUUAGACAUCAUUUGUCUGCAAAACUUUCCAGCCACUUACUCAUCCUAUAAGAACAGUUUUGGCAGCACGCCUUCACGCACGCACACACAGACAAAGGUUUCUCUUCGCAUUGGCUGGAAGAUGGCCUGACUGAAAUGGCUUCUCCGUUAUUGAGUUUGAAUUGGACAGAGCAUCUCUGGCGUGGCCCUUAAUGGCAUUACGUGCUUCCUGGCUCUAACAACACAUCUCCAGCAGGCGUAGAUAAUUCAAUACAGAAAAAUGUUCUGAUCUAUGUUUAACUUGGCCAUCUUCAUCUAAAAAAAAAAAAAAUAGCAACCUUAAUAUAACACAUAUCACAAUUAAUAUUAACAGUCAAAGAAAUUCCAAAUGGUAAAGAAUGCGAUGGUUUGCGAUAGCACUUCUUGCACAUGCGUCAAACUCAAGGCCCAGGGGCCAGAUACGGCCCGUCACAUCAUCUUAGGUGGCCCACCAAGACAAGUUGCACAUUGAAUUUAUGUGUCAAUAGGAACAUUGCAAAUCAUCGACAAAAGAUCUUUUUAUUUGAACAGAUUUUACUAGUCUCUGAUUUGAAAACGAGUUAUUCAUCGGUUUGUUUUAAAAGCUUAUACUGUAUAUAAUAUGAGGUGUUACAUACAUUACUUUAUGGCCCACCCAAAAAAACGAUGACGACCAUACACCCCCCAAUAAAAAUGAGUUUGACACUCCUGACAUAUAUUUGCGCGUUCGAAUGAGGAAGUGGCUUGUGAUUGGUUGAGAACUAGGAAGUGAGCGGUGAGGCACAAGUCCACGCUCGACGCAAUGAACAAGAGCAGUGAGGAAAACCUGACAGCGGUGUGCGUUAAAAUCGGCGACAGCGUCAUUAGUGACCUCCUGAUGAGCGUCUACAUCCUGGCCUUCAUCUUGGGCUUGCUCUUCAACAUCCUCACCCUGGGCCCCAUUUUGCAACAAGUGCGCCGGCAGAACGUCCUGGGGAUCUUCUUGCUCAGCUUGUCGCUCUCCGAUAUGCUUUUCAUCUUCACCAUGCCCCUCUGGAUCAACUACUACCACUGGAACCACCAGUGGAAGCUGGGCGUCAAUUCGUGCAGCGUGGCCGGGUUUGUCUACUACUCCAACAUGUACAUCAGCAUCUACCUGCUGUGCUGCAUCUCUGUGGACCGCUGCCUGGUGGUCACGUUCCCACUGCGCUCCAAAACCCAGCGGACCUCGUGCUACGCCUGGGCGCAGUGCGUCGUCGUCUACGCGACGGUCACGCUGCUCCACGUCAUGGUGCUGUUCAACGACAACCUCACCGACGCCCACGACGGACGGGACGACCGCUGUUACGAGACCUACCCCAUGGAGAGACCCGUGGCGUUGUUCAACCUGCUCCGCGUGGGCACCGGCUUCUUGCUCCCCCUGUUGGUGCUGGCCAUCAGCUACUGGAGGGUGCUGGCAACGGUGGGCCAGAGUCCCGGCCUGAACGCCCAGGUCAAGCGCAAGGUCCGCCUGCUCUCCUUCGGGGUGAUUGGGAUCUUCUCCGUCUGCUUCGCGCCGUACCACAUCCUGCUGCUCACGCGCUCGCUGGUCUUCUACAUCAGGCCCGACGACUACUGCCAGUUUGAGCAGAAGAUGCACUUUGCCUUCUCGUGCACGCUGGCCCUGUCCAGCCUGAACUGCGUGGUGGACCCCGUGCUCUACGUGCUGGUCAGCAACGGAAUUCGAGAGGACGUCAAAGUGUGCUGGCAAAGGCGGAAAAGGACACAGAUGACCGAGUGCACUGCUUCCAAACGAAAGGCGGCAAAGUUGAAUCAGCAAAUCAUAUGAGAGUGCUCUUUGGUGUUCUUCUCCAGACAAUGGGGAAGUGACACAUUGCCUUAUUUGUUCAGUUCCCUCGCAUCCUCCCUUGUACCCUGCUCAGUUUCGAUGAGGAGGCUGAUAAGAGCAGGAUCACGCACACCAAAGUGUUUGACGAAGCCGUUCUCCAUCAAAGGGAUUCUCAAGCCGGCUUUGGAACUGGAAGGUCACAGCGUGUGGACAGAAAUGUAAUACUGACAAUUGCACCCUUAAAGCUCCUGGGUUAAAAAAGGAACCCGAAUUGUGAUGAAAAACAAAUAAAGCCUACUAAAGCACUGGCUCUCAAAGUGUCAAACCCAAUGCUGGUGUCAAAGCCUAGGCCCGGCCGGGGGCCACAUCCGGCUCAGCACAUCAUUUGGUGUGACCCACAAAAGCAAAUGAUGUGAACUGACUUCAUGCUCCUUGGUAAAAUACCAAAUUUACAAAUUGUUUUCACUUUGAGCAAACAUUUUUGUUACCAAUCCUCCCCUUUUAGAAUAAAUAUCAUACUCUUUGAACAAAGAGGUUUUCAUCCUGAAAAUAGUUCUCAAAUAUUCUUUGAAACAUGGCCUGUUCUGGUGGCUGCGUGCGGGUGCAAGUAUAUAUCUCAGGGGGUCUGCAAAACAAAAAUAUAGUUUUCUUACAAACACCCCAAAUUCUUUAGAAAAUGCUGACAAACAUUCAUUGUGUUCCCUACAGGGGACAUGUGGAAAAAUAUCCUAAAGUCAAACAUCUGGCCUAGGACCUGUGGGGGUUCAAGCAUAUAUUGGUGUGUGGGUGGGGCCCUGGCAUCCCCCCCUCUAGCACCACCUAUGGUUAUGUAUUUGAACAUGUUGUUCUGACUACCGUUUUUUACCAUGUAUAAUGCGCAAAAUUUAACUAAUUUAUUGUCCUAAAAUCUGGGGUGCGCAUUAUACAUGGGUACAGGCUUUUUUCCAGCACCAACAUGCCAUUUUUAGGGUGCGUAUUAUACAUGGGGGCACAUUAUACAUGGAAAAAAACGGUAAAAGCGUAACGUGAAUUAGUCGUAAAGUAUUUCAGUUUAAAAAAAGAAGGCGUGUUUGGUUGAGUUCAGUACAUGGGUGGAGGUCAACCUAAAGUCAGGCCAUCUGGGAUGAUGAGGUACAGGUGAGCAAAGGCACCAUCGCCAGGUGAGCUCAGGACACACCCAAACUUAUGUCUUCCUAAUCAACAACUCCAAAAGAUGAUGAAGAUCACCCAUUUGGUUGGCGUUGGGAAGCUCAAGCCCUGUAAGUACAAUAUCAUCAGUCAUGUCGUGUUGAUGUUUUUCAUUUUCUGAUCAUUCAUGUGGUAUCAUUUACAUAUGGAGAUUAGUAAUGACUUUAGGAAAACAAUCCAAUCAAAUCCCUUUCCCCCUUUCACAAAUGUCCAUAAAAACUGAACAGCUUUGGCCUUGAAUGUGGGAAUAUGACUCCAUCAAUAAAUACUGAGUCACAAUGCAGGGUGAUGCUAAAAGUAUUUUAUUGAUUAUUGAUCGACUUUUUCUGGGACAGGUGGAAAUUUGAACAGUGCUUUGAGAUUUUUGAUGGAAUCAGACAUAGCCUGCGGGGUAAACACAUUUAACUGAUCAGUAUACUUGUUUUUAUUUUGGAACGUUAUAGUAGGUUAUGGCAAAUCAGCUCAAGUACCAAAGGAUGGAAUGAUGUCAUAUUAUAGUGACACAAGAAGAACAUACAACUUUGUCAAGAUGGCGUAUUUAUUUGAUUGUACUUUUACAGACAAUAAUAGAGCAGUACUGUCAUGUGUCUCUGAGUCAAAACAAUGACAAUUUGAGAAAUGAGCACUUUAAUAAUGCCGCAACACUAUUUGUCAUAUAUUGAAGCUUUAUGUGGCCUGACACUGUUUGGUUUCAAUCAUUCGUAUUUUUUUUUCAUCCACCUUUCGAGUAGAAUAAUAAGUGCUAGGAGUACAUUGUAAAAACAAGUGACCGCUGAUUUUAUACAGUAAAUGUUCAGUCCACUUUUGAAACUUUUGAAAGUGUCAAGAUUGAUAUACGGUAUACUGUAAAUACUUGACCAAACUAAGUCUACAACUGUUAUUGCAUGUACAACAGAUUUACUGCAUGUGAACAUUUGCACGUAUAGGAAGGAUUGACUAAUUAUGCUUCUGUGAAAAAAUAUCAAUUCUUUGUACAAAAGCAAGCCUGAUGAAAUACUCGACAAAUGUACAUCUACGUACACAUUUUCAAACCACAGGAGUUGAUAAUGAUGACGGUGGAUGAGUCAUACUUUUUGAGAACUGCAGUUGAUUUUAAAGUGUUCUAAAAAUAACGCUGAGUAGAUUCAUGCAUUAGAGUAAUUAAUAUACAGUCUGGAAUGAUGAUGUUAAGUGUACAUUUUUUUGUGUGUUUUUUUUACAUAAAAGUAUGGUUACAAUUACACACAUACAUGACAGUCAACCCAAAUUGGCCAUGUAAUUCCGGGAUUAAAAAUAAAUACUUCAAAUGCCUAUAUAAAAUAGUGAUAAAAAAACAUUUUCAUUUGAUUAAUUACAAUGAAUGUAACAGAAUUAUUAAAUGUCUAUGUAAAAUGGUUACAUGUACUGAUUGUUUUUUAUUCACAAUAAAUACAUUAUUUCAAUGAUAAAUUAAUAAAUAAGAAAAGAAAAUAGCUAUUUCUA